AAGUUCAAAGUUCAAAGUCCACGGGGCUACAGAGGGGACGAUCGUGGAGCGGUGACAAGCCCCCAGCAGCGGGGACUUUGGGGACGCCAGCACAGCGGUGACAGCGGGCACAGCGGCCCAGCCAUGUCCCUGUCCAGCCUCUCGGACCCGGACAGCCCCGGGGCGCAGCGCUGCCCCGGUGUCACCGACGUCCCCGAGGAGCCGAAGGUGUGCGCCGUGUGCGGGGACCGCGCCACCGGGUACCACUUCCAUGUGAUGAGCUGCGAAGGGUGCAAAGGGUUCUUCAGGCGCUCCAUCCUUAAGGCUGUGCACUUCACCUGCCCUUUCUCCCGGAGCUGCCCCAUAACCAAGGCCAAGCGCCGGCAGUGCCAGGCGUGCCGCCUGCAGAAGUGCCUCGACGUGGGGAUGAGGAAGGACAUGAUCAUGUCAGAGGAGGCCGUGGGCCGGCGCCGGGCGCUGCGGCUGCAGCGGAGGUUGGCACGGGCGCAGCCCAGGGGGCUGACGGAGGAGCAGCAGGAGCUCAUCAGCAUCCUCAUCGCCGCACGCAAACGCACCUUCGACUCCUGCAUCUCCCAGUUCCAGCACUACCCGGGUGAGCUGGGAACCACGGCGCCGUCGGUGUCCAGCCCCGGGCUGCUGCUGACCCCACAGCUCUGCCCACAGCCUGCUGUGCGUCUCUGCGUCCCCGACCUGCACUCCCAGAGCCCCCCCGGACCGGGCGUCCCUUCGGCACCCCUGGUCCCACAGUUGAACUGCCUGGAUGAGGAUGUGCUGCCCGAAGUCUUCUCCAUCCUGCUCUACAUCGCCCACAACAGCACCUUCAUGAUCCAGCAGGUCAUCAGGUUUGCCAAGGAGAUCCCAGCGUUCAGAGGGCUGCCCAUCGAUGACCAGAUCUCGCUGCUCAAAGGAGCCACGCUGGGCAUCUGCCAGAUCCAAUCCAACACGGUGUUCAAUGAAAAAACCAACGCCUGGGAGUGCGGGCAGCACUGCUUCACCAUGGAGGACGGAGCUCUGGCCGGCUUCCAGCAGAUCUACCUGGAGCCGCUGCUCAAAUUCCACGUCAGCCUGAAGAAGCUGCGGCUGCACGAGGCUGAGUACGUCCUGCUGCUGGCCAUGCUGCUCUUCUCGCCAGACCACGCCAGCGUCACCCAGCGGGAUUUCAUUGACCAGCUGCAGGAGAAGGUGGCCCUCACGCUCAAGAGCUACAUCGACCACCAGCACCCCAUGCCUGAGGGCAGGUUCCUCUACGCCAAGCUGCUGCUGCUGCUGACGGAGCUGCAGACCCUGAAGGUGGAGAACACGCGGCAGAUCCUCCACAUCCAGCAGCUCUCCAGCAUGACGCCGCUGCUCUCCGAAAUCAUCAGCUGAAGCCCAGCCAGGCGCUCAGCCCCCGUCCCCUCGCGCCCCGCGGGGCUCCAUCGCACUUUGCAGGGCAGAGUAAAGCUCUUUUAUUUUU